UGCUAUGGUGGAUCAGAAAUGAGGAGGAGUACAUUUUACAACCUUUGGACACUUACAAGUUGAAAACCACAGCAAAUACUAUAAAAGUGACAGUGGCAAAUUCAAGAACUGAUACAAAGUCUGUCGGACACAAGCCACUUCGUGCCAUACAGUGGCACUGGAAGAAUUCUUUAAAAGAUACGUACAUGUUGAAACUAAAUAAAAGUGAAGACAUUUGUGAAAAAACAUUCAUUGGGUAUAAUAAAGAUUUUGCUAAACUUGAAAACGUUGUUAUCGAUCCAAGUAAAGGAAAAGGAAGACGAGGCGGUGAAAAUGUAUCCGACGUUCUAAACCAGAAGGAACAAGAUGAAUAUUUUGUGCUAGAGCCGGGAUAUUUCCAUGUGCAAUGUAAGAAACAUGAGAACUUUAACUUUACUUCACGGUCACAUUUGAAUUCAUUGCAUGACGCUGUUGGUAUUGGAGCAAUGCCAAAGUAUGAUGAAGUUAUACCGGGAUGGACGGUUGCUGUAAUACGGUAUGAAUAUGUUAACCUUUACCAUACCAUGACAGACUUUUACAAUACAUUCCUCGUUGCCAAGGUUUUUAACAUCACGCAAGGUCACAUGACAAUUUUAUGGUUAGAUGGACAUCCAUGGAGCGGUCUGGAUACAACGUGGGAAACAUUGUUUGGAAAAGUUUUACGGGCGGGGGAUAUAAAGAAACCGUGCUUAUUUGAGCAGAUGAUAUGGGGAAUUAUGGGUUACCACAGUCCGUUGACUCGACAUGCUGCUUACAGUGCACCUUAUUUAGAAGAGUUUAGAAAAUACGUUUUAAUAUCUCACGACACGGACAUUCUCGUGGGCAUGCAUGGUGCCGGAUUGACACAUGUCCUAUUUUUACCGAAGCAUGCCGGGGUUGUUGAACUAUGUCCGAGUUACUGGAAAAAGGACAAAAAACAUUUUGUAACAUUUGCUAGAUGGAGAAAAAUUCCUCAUCUGUUAUGGUACAACAAAGAUCGGAAAAGAGAAAUAAUGAGACAUUCAACAAUAGUAGAUGUUGAUGCUGUAACAAAUUUGAUAGUGAAUAUGAAUUCUACAAUUUGUGGUGAAUCAUCAAAACACAGUCAAAAGAGAGAUAAAUUGCACAAUUGA